AUGACCAUCCCAAUCAAACCCACCGUCCUUGUUAUCGGCUGUGGCCCGGCGAACUUUGAUCCAAACCCUCCACCAUGCACCGUCUCUUUCGACAAACAAGGUCAUGCUGUAGCCUUGACCAAACUCGAACGUCAAGGUAAACCUGCCCCAUCUCCUACUCCGAUGUAUGCCGGAGUCACUGCUAAUACUCCAAGGCAACGUUUCGCUGACAAGUACACCGAUUAUAUCCGUUUGAACCGAGUGGUCACUCGUGUGAGACAUGCACCAGACGGGCAUCCUGCGGUCAAGCGUUGGGUGGUAGAGUGGACACCAUCAUAUACCAGCAAUUCCCCGGACAUAGGCAAGGCAUUCGAGGAGCAAUUUGACCAUGUCGUGGUGGCUAACGGUACAGACUCGAGACCAUUCAUCCCUUACAUCGAUGGUCUGUGGAACUGGAAGGGAGAGAUACUCCAUUCAAGGUGGUAUAGGACACCAGAGGUCUUCGCGGGGAAGACCGUCAUGAUUGUGGGAGGUGGUCCAUCUAGUGCCGACUUGGUGCGAGAGAUUGGUAUGCUCAAAGUCAAUAAGUCGCCCUCUCAGCCUGGAAAGAUCUACCGAUCGUUCCGGAGCAAACUAAGAUACGAUACAGAGCUUGAGGCUGGCUGGCCAGAGCAUAUCAAUAACGUGUCACCGAUGAAAAUCCUCGAGGGGCCAUCAGAGCAUUCAAAGACUGGCAGAAUAACUACUGUGCUAGACCAAGUGAUCGAUGAUGUCGAUCGAAGCCCCCUCUGGGGCUUGUCGGCGAGGCUUCGCUCGAAGGAGGUCAUCGUGAGUGAUCAAGAAGUGAUCAUUGCUAAUCAAUCAGGCGUCCACAAUCUCGACUCCCAUCAGUUGUUCUACCUCCCCGAUCCCACCCUCGCUUUCCUGCUACUUCAUGCUGAAGCUAUCCCUUGGCCUUUCUCGGAGAUGCAGGCAAGAGUAGUCGCGUCGUACUGGACUGGAACACCUUUGGAACUAGUUCCUCAUCCUGACGAAGACAACGAUUCCCAUUCAGUGCUGGUGUUGGGACACCCGGGAGAAUUUGAAUACGCUGAAGGCCUGCUCAAGCUAAUUGGAGAAGGUGGACCCGAAGAGGUAGACUCUCAAGGGAGGUGGGGCGCUUGGCCAGAGUGGAAGAAGCAUAUCCGAGCGUUGAUAGAUUAG